UACAGGACGGGUUGGAUUACAUGGAUUGGGAAACUUCACUUAAAUUUCCAUAUGAUGUAUUGUUAUCUUUCUUUGAUCUAUCUUCGAUUCAUUUUUAGUCUUUUACUUUCAGAUUCAGUAGGAAACAUGGAUGAUUGUGAAUGCAGGAUUGUUCUGCUGGGUAAAACUGGAGUUGGAAAGAGUGCAACAGGAAACACCAUCUUAAGAAGAAAAGCAUUUAAAGCAGAAUCAUCUCAAGAGUCAAUUACUAAAGAGUGUCAGAGAGAAACAGCUGAAAUCAACGGCAGAAACAUUACUGUGAUUGACACUCCAGGACUGUUUGAUACUAAACUCAGUAAUGAAGAGAUCCAGAGAGAAAUCACUAACUGCAUCUCAAUGAUACUGCCAGGACCACAUGUGUUCCUCUUACUGAUACCAGUGGGACGAUUCACUCAAGAGGAGGAAAGAUCAGUGAAGAUAAUACAAGAGACUUUUGGUGAACAGUCUUCAAUGUACACCAUUGUGCUCUUCACCAGAGGAGAUGAUCUGGAGAAUAAAACUAUUAAAGAGUACCUGGGAAGAUCUGGAUCUGCUUUGAUGAAUCUCAUUGAUCGGUGUGGAAACAGAUACCAUGUGUUCAAUAAUAAGACUGGAGACCGCACACAGGUUUCUGAUCUACUGAAGAAAAUAGACGACAUGGUGAGAGCAAACGGAGACAGUUACUACUCAUGUAAGGUGUUCAGACAGAUGGAGAGAGCUCUACAAGAAAAAGAAAAGAAGGAACUGAAGGAUAGAGUGAAAGAAGUGAUCAGAGAGAAGGAAGAUCUUCAGUCCAAAUAUAAAGAAGAGAUAGAGAGAAUGAAGAUGAUGAUGGUGGAAGAGAGAAAGAGAAGAGAGGAGGAAUUUAAAACAGAGAUGAAGAGAGAACGAGAGGAAUGGAAGAGACAGAUUCAAGAGGAAAGACAGAGAAGAGAAGAAGAGGACGAGAAAAGGAGAAAGAAAGAACAAGAGAUGUGGAAUGAAUAUAAUAAGAGACUUCAACAAGAGAGUGAGAGAAUGAAGAUGCUGGUAGAGGAAGAGAAACAGAAUCGAGACAGAGAGAUAAAGAAAAGAGAAGAGGAAUUUAGAAGAAGAGAAGAGUAUGAGAGGAGAAAGAUGGAUCAGGAAAUGUGGGAUGAAUAUUAUCAGAAACAUAAACGAGAGAAAGAGAGAAUGGAGAGAGAGAAAGAAGAUCUUUUGCUCAAACAACAAAUAGAGAAAGAGAGAAUGAAGAUGAAGAUAGAGGAAGAAAGAAAGAAUCAUGACAAAGAGAAGAUGAGAAGAGAAGAGGGGUUUAGAGAGAGAGAAGAACAAUAUAAAAGAGACAUUGAAGAAAUAGAGGAACUUGAGAGAGAGAUAAGAGAGGAUAUGAAGAGAGAACGAGAGGAAUGGGAGAGACAGAAACAAGAGGAAAGAAGAAGAGAAGAAGAAGAGAAAGAACAACACAAAUUCAGUUACCUUUAUGAUAGCAGUCCAAGUCCAGAGGAUGAUGAUUCAGGAUGUCUGAGGAUCGUUCUGAUUGGGAGGAAAGGAAAUGGAAAGAGUGCAACAGGAAACACUAUUCUAGGAAGAAAUGAGUUUCUGAGCCAAUCAAGCACAGAUUCUGUGACGACUGAUUUUCAGAAGGGAGUUGGUGAAGUUGAUGGUAGAAAAGUAGCUGUUGUUGAUACUCCAGGACUCUUUGACACCAUACUGACAGAUGAACAAAUGCAGGAAUGUGUUUCACUGUCAGCACCUGGACCUCACGUCUUCAUCAUUGUGAUGAGAGUAAAUACCAAAGAGAAGAUCCCCACUGUUGAUCUGAUAAAGAAGAUGUUUGGUCCAAAGGCAGCACAGUUCUGCAUCGUUCUCUUCACUAGAGAAGAUGAACUUGAAGAUGAGUCUAUAGAAGAUUAUGUGAAGAAAAGCAACUCUACAGCAUUCAAGAAACUGAUCUCACACUGUGGAAACAGAUACUUGGCUUUUAAUAACGAAGAAAAGGAAGAUUGCACUCAAAUUACUCGGCUAUUAAAAAUGAUAGAAGAGGUGAAAGAAUCUAAUCAAUUCUUCACUAAUGAGAUGUUUGAGGAGGCAGAUAUUAAAAAGAAAAUAGAAAAACUGAAAAAGAAAGAGGAAGAAAUUCAGACUCAAAUUGAGGAGUUAAUAGUUAAAAAAGAGAUGGAAAACACGAGAAAGAGACUGAAGGAAAAGAAACAAAAGACAGAUGAGGAAAAAGAACAACUGGAGAAAAGGUUCAAAGAAAAAGAGGAAAUUCUCAGAAAAAGAUUUGAAGAGAAAGAAAAAUUUGGAAUAAAAAAACAAGAGUUAGAAGACCAGAAACAAUCAGCAGAGGAAAAACUGCAAAAAGCUGAAAAUGAUCAUAAAAUAGAAAAUAUGAAAAUAGAGAUUGAACAUCAGAGAUCACAGUAUGAAAAACAGCAAAAAGAAAGAGAAGAGGAGGAUAGAAAGACAAAAGAGAAAUACAAACAGGAUCAAGAAAAGAUGAAAAAUGAUCAAGAACACAUCAUGACAGAAAUAAAAAUGAGACAAGAAGAGGAAAAUAAAAAGAGAAAUUUGGAGGAACAAAUACGGAUUCAGGAAGAAGAGAAAGAGAGAAAAGAUUGGGAGAGAAAAAUAAAAGUGACUGAAAAUGAGAAAAAAGAGAUUCAAGAGGACAUUAAACGACAGCACAGAGAAUGGGAGAAGGAAAUGAAAAGAAAGAUGAGAGAACGAGAGGAAGAGGACAGAGAGAGAAAAGAGAAACAUGAAGAAGAACUGAGAGGGAAACAAGAAGAACUGGAAAAUAUGAGAAAGAAAUCUGAAAGAGAGAGAAAAGAAGAAAGACAAAAGAGUCUGGAGGAGAGACAGCGAGGGGAAGAUAAAGAGAGAAAAGAUAUAGAGCAGAAAGAGAGAGAAUAUGAAGAAAUGAAAAUAUAUAAUGAACGUCUGGAGCGAGAGAGAAAAAUAGAGUAUGAGAGAAGAAAACGAGAGAAUGAUGAGAGAAGAGAGCAGAAAAGAAAGAGAUGGGAGAUAACGAUUGAAGAUCUUAAACAGGAGCAACGAGAUGAGAUCAAGAGAAGAGAAAAAGAUGAGAGAGAGAACACAGAAAGAGCAGAAAAACAGCAUGAUGAAAUGAUAAAGGAAUAUGAUCAGAAAAUAAAGGAGAUGAAGAAACAAGAAGAUGGAAUAAAAAAACAAGCAGAGUUCAUGGAGAGAAAAAAGCAAAUCAUUCAAGAGCUCAUUGAAAAUCUUAAAGAUGAGAGAGCUAAAUGGUGUUCUGUAAUGUGAAUAAUUUGUAUAAUUUGGAUGUUGCUAAUCAAUGAGCCAAAUAAAUGGCAUUUGCCUUUUAAAUUACAUGUAUUGUAUGUGUGAAGGGUUGCUCUGUAUUUCUUUUAUUAUUUCUGCACUAAAUCAGCUAUUCACAUCAGCUCUUAAAGGGCCACUGUCCUGCAGAUUUUAGCCCUAAAACCCCUGUCUAAUCAAUGAUGCCAUCUACACUGGAAGCGUGCGUUGUGGUGCAUCACACCGACAGUAAACGGGUGUCCCGUUCCACUUUGCACUGUCAUUUUCAACUCAUCCUGAAGACCUUGAUGAAGGUGUGUUUAAUCAGGGUCUGAGCUAAACUGUGUAUGUUCUCCAGAACAAGAUUUGAAUAGUCUUGCUUUAAAACG